AUGUUUUUAUUUGUACCGACAGGCUGUCGCCUUUGCUGCUGCACACAUCCCCAGAGGGUGCUUAGUCUUGCUGCUGCUGCUGCUGCUGCUGCUGCUGCUGCCCCUGCUGCCCCUGCUGCUGCAACAUGUCGCUACAGCAGCAGCCGUGAUUGGCUCGUCAGCAGCUGCAGCAGCAGCAGCAGCAGCAAAUGCCCCCGCAUAUGCAGCAUUAGGCCCUCAUGUACGCUGCUGUCACAGCAGCAGCUGCAGCAGCAGCAGCAGCAGCUCCUGCAGCAGCAGCAGCAGCAGCAGCAGCAGCAGCGUGGUUUCUUUGAUUUGCCUUCCUCAAUAAUACGUCUUGGACAGCAGCAUCAGCAGCAACAGCAGCAACAGCAGCAGCAGCAACAGGAGCAGCAGCAGCAGCAGCAAUUGCUGCAGCACAAGGAGACUCGGGUGUCUAUACACUCAAGAGAAGAGACAGUGUGUCGAUCUAUUUUAUACCAGAAGGUAGGUCGAUUAUUUUUAAGUGAGGUUGCUGCUCGGACUGCUGCUGCCUUUGAUCGUCGUGUUGCUGCUCUAUACCCUAAGCCAGCAGCAGCAGCAGCAGCAGCAGCAGCAGCAGCAACAGCAGCAGCAGCAGCAACAACAACAGCAGCAACAGCAGCAGAAGGAACAGCAGCAGAAGGAACAGCAGUAACAAUACCAACAACAAUAAUAUGGACGCCAGCAACGAAAGAUUCUGCUGCUUCUAACUCUUCUGCUGCUGCUGCUGCUGCUGCUGCUGCUGCUGCUCCACCCUGCCACAGUCAUACCUCCGCAGCAGCAGCGGUGCCGCAACAGCAGCAGCAACAACAACAACAGCAGCAGCAGCAGCAGCAGCAGCAGCAAAAUCAGACGACCGAGUGGACGCUCUCGGCUGGGGCACUAAAAGGUCUAUGGCAGCCGCGAGACGUGGCGCUGUUGCUGCGCCGACUGGAGAUGCUGCAGCAGCCCGAGAUAGGAGCAGCAGCAGCAGGAGCAACAAACCCUAGCAGCAACAGCGGCAGCAAUAGCAACAGCAGCAGCAGCAGCAGCAGCAGCAACGGGCUGUCAUGUGAGGAGGCCCGUUGCCUGCGCAUGCUGCUUUGCUCUCCUUUGGGGCUGCAGGCGGUAGGAGGAGCCUUCCUUGCAUUUGACCCUCUGCUGCAGCAGCAGCAGCAACAGCAGCAGCAGCAGCAGCAACAGCAGCAGCAGCAGCAGCAACAGCAGCAGCAGCAGCAGCAGGCCCUACUGACAGCACUGCGUGAUAUCUCUCAUGCGACUUCUUUAGCAGAAUUUGCUGGCAGCAAAUGCAUGCAGCAAAAGCCCCACGAACAGCAGCAGCAGCAGCAGCAAGAAUAG